GUCAGUGUGCGUCGUCUGGGCCGUGUGUUUGUCUCGAGAGGCGACGCGUAAUCGUUCAACACAAACAAUCGAUUCCAGUCCAAAAUGGCCACGGAUAGAACUGCAUACACGCUACUAGACGGGGGGACCCCGCCGCAGACGUCGUUCCUGGCCAAGUCGGGCCCGAACAUGUUCGCGGACUCUCCCGUGGGUCUCCCUCUGCCUCCGCCGGCUUCUGCUUUUGGGCCUGGCGUACCUGGAGCCUUCGCUCCGAGCAAGCCAGCAUCCUCGCCUUAUUCUCCACCCGCCUACGCCUUUCACGACAACGUAUCCGCUGAUGCUUACCACUGUGAGGACUCAGAGGACCCGCCGCCCUUUGACGAUAACCAGGACUUCGGCUAUGGAUUGGAUGACAAAACCAUAAGAAGAGCUUUCAUUCGAAAGGUCUUCUUGGUGCUAACUGCUCAGCUGACGGUGACGUUUUUCUUCGUGAUGGUUUUCACCUUUGUGGGCGCAAUCAAAGUGUUCGCCCAGGAGAACUUCUGGCCCUACAUCGUGUCUUACGUCACGUUCUUUGUGUGCACGUGCGCCAUCAGCUGCUGUGGAAACCUGCGUCGCAAACAUCCGUGGAACCUGGUUGCAUUAUCCAUCCUGACUCUCAGUAUGUCGUAUAUGGUGGGAAUGAUUGCCAGCUACCACGAAACCGAAAUAGUAGUCAUAGCGUUGGGCAUCACAGCUGUGGUCUGCUUCACAGUGGUCAUCUUCUCACUCCAGACCAAGUAUGACUUCACUUCGUGUCACGGCGUGAUGUUCGUCUGCUUGGUUGUCCUCGUCCUUUUCGGGCUCCUGUGCAUCAUCAUACGUAACAGGAUCCUGGAUAUUUUUUAUGCUGGACUGGGAGCGUUGCUCUUCACCUGUUUCUUGGCAGUGGACACCCAGCUGCUGCUUGGCAACAAAGAACUGUCCCUGCAUCCUGAAGAAUACGUCUUCGCUGCACUUAACCUGUACACGGACAUCAUCAACAUCUUUAUAUACAUUCUUGCUAUUUUUGGAAGAGCCAGGGGCAGCUGAGCUUGAGAAAGUGGAAGAAAAUCACGCCUGCGUGUUGUUUUUGCUGAUUGCGUGCAUGGAAGGGAGGUCUUGUCAUCUAUGAUUUGUUUAGUUGCUUUCACUGAUCAAAGUACUCUCGUGCGUUUUCGUUUCCUCAACUGGCCUUUUGUAGCUCGCUUGUUCCUAAUAUUUUGCCUCAUUAAACCUUUACUAAUUACAUCA